AUGAUAAGCCUAGAAAAAGUGUCACAACUGUGCUACAACAUAACGGAAUCUUACUUAAGCCUUAACAAUAGUAAUUCAAUCAUUCAAGAGACUCAACUUACAUUGCAAAAUAGUAGAAGAGAUAUAUUAAAUACUGUUUUUACAAACUGGAAUCCCUUUGGUAGUAAAAUAGCGUUUUCUUAUAAUGGUGGCAAAGACUGUCAAGUGUUAUUGAUAUUGUAUUUGAGUUGUCUAUGGGAAUAUUUUUAUACAUUUGCACAACAAUCACAAUAUGGGAUGGAAUAUAUGCAGUUCCCAAUUUCUAGUGUUUCAUCCGUUUUAAUUUCCAAUGAUGUCAAUUUUCUGACGAUGGAACAUUUUAUCAAGGACACUGUGGAUAGGUAUCAUUUGGAUAUGUAUGACUUUUCUAAUGCAAAAAAUUCAGUAUCCUCGAAGAAAAAUAUGGCAGAUUUGUUUCAAGAUUAUUUAGAUGACAAAUCUGAGAUUGAAGCCAUUGUAGUUGGCGUAAGACAUUCCGACCCGUAUAGUGAGAAUUUAUCAUUAAUUGACAUGACAGAUGAAGGUUGGCCCAAUUUCUAUAGGGUGCAACCAUUGCUUGAUUGGCACCUUACAAAUAUUUGGAGUUUUCUAAUAUAUUCUGGAGAGCCAAUUUGUGGAUUAUAUGGUGAAGGAUAUACCUCGAUCGGUGAUAUCGAUAACACAUUACCAAAUCCUAAUCUCAAUACAAAUGAAAAACAUCAAUUCUAUUUCAGUGAGGAAUUAAAAAGUGCCUUCAACAGAAACAGAAAUCAAAGUACGGAAAUUGGUAUCGAUAACGGGGACCAAGAUUUUAAAGUUAACUUAUCCAAUUUAGACAAAUCAGACAGACAAUUAUUACACUCAUAUAACGCUACUUACUAUCCCGGUUGGUAUCUUAUAGAUGAGAAGCUUGAAAGAGCAGGAAGAAUCAAGAAACCAAAAAAUUAA